AUGCUCGUUGAGCCCUCGAAGACCACCGGCAGGGCCGACGCCGAGAUGCUUGAGAUCGUUCAGCAUCUUGUCCUGUCGUCGCCGCCCGGUGAGUUCGACGAGGUGUGGUAUGACGCGCAGAUUCUGGUACCCAAACUUAUCUCGCCGCAGAUACUCGCCGGCAUUGCGCGCGCGUACAACCAUGAAAAUUUAUCUGUGGCAAAGACAGCAGAUGGUCUUCGCGUGCUGUUGCAUAAGGCUGCCGAGAUCAGCCCAACGCGCUACGUUGAUUAUACUACGAGAACCACAUUCCGCGUGGACCAUGUUUUGCGUAGUGCGGUAACUGUUAAGGAGACCCUAAUACCCACCAUGCAUGAUGUGAUGCGCCAUGCCAUCGAUGAUGCUGCACGCUCUUAUGUGAUGACGACAUUCGAUGUAGAUGCCAGACCAAGCGCAGCUGUCCACGUGAACAUCGGACGCGCCGAGCUUGUGAUUGCAAUGUCUGGCGAGCGCGCUAAUCUGAGCAACUUCUGGAGCGGCAAUUGGCGCUCCGAGUGGACGGAGCAGUGGCAGCGUAAUUCUUGACAGUUCACUGAGCAAGCUAGGCUUGAGAGGGAAGGGAGAGUCAGCGAUCGCCGUUGUUUCACGAUACGCUGAAUAGCCUUCCUCGCAGGUAGUGCUCGGCGACGGCGAGGCCAUCGUCUCCGGGACUGUAAAGGUCCGCGCUCACUAUUUUGAGGACGGCAACGUCCAGCUUCAGACCACAAAAGCAUUUCACCCCGCCUGCAUCUUUUUUGAGACACCCCGCAUGCUUGGCACCGUCAUCAUUGAACAGGUCAGGACUGCAGAGUCUGCGCUUCAGUGUGGUCUUGAGAGGAUGUAUGAUAACGUGUCCGUCAAGACAGCCAAGGCAAUGCGCCGCGUCCUGCCAAUUACGCACGUGAAAAUGAAUUGGAACAUCCACGAGUUGUCACUGAACCGCAGCUUCAGCCUUUCGAAGAAUGCGCAGCAGGAGCGCUAG